AGAUCACUACUGCUAAAUUAUUUAAUAGGGUCCGUUACGGAAAUUAACAGUUUUUUGUGGUGAAAGAAAUGGAGCCAAAACUAAAUUCAAAACUUAAAAGUUUCGCAUGCAAUAGUUCAGGAUUUUUUAAAAUUGUGUCUAGAAAUUUUAAGUAUAUUUCCAAUUGGGUCUUAAACAAUCAUGUCAUCGACUAAACAUACACUUAGUUGUUUUCUGUUUACUGAAUUCACACCCACCCACCCAAAAAACAGCUGAUUUUGACGAAUGAUGCACAAAAGGAACUAUUUGUAGCAGAAUAUAAAUAUUUUAUACCGCAAUAAAAAUUGUAAUUUGAUAAAUAUUUUUAAGACAAUGGGUUCGUUGUGCUCGUCAUGUUUUGGAAGCAAUGGUGAAUCAUCUAACCUGGUGCCAUCGCCGGAAACCCGACGACGUCAGCAACUUGAAGCAGCAGAACGACGACGUGAAGAAAAUGAACAUAGAGGUAUUAAAAACCCUGACAGUGUUCGAAGACAACAACAACGUGCAGAGGAGCUUGCUAGGAGAGAGGAGGAGGCUGCACGGACGGGUGCCGGGGCACCAGCGCUAAAGUGGCAAGCAAAUUAAGUAAAAAUGUUAAAGAGAGAUUCAGGAACUAACAGCUUUAAGCGCGUAUCAUUCUAAGUAUUCAAAUACGUAAAUUUAUGUUCGUUUCAAAAGUGUUUAAAUUUUAAAAGACAGAUUAACACAUUGUUAUAAAAAAAAUAUUCUAAGAGGGAAUCAACAAUGCAAUAGUACGCGUGUAUGAAAAUGUUUAAUAAUUGUUGAAAUUUUUUUUCGUAAUUUUUUUUGUUUGUUAAUUCUUUCUAUGCGUUCUAAGGGGAAUCAACAAUGCGUCAGUACGCGUUUAUGAAAAUGUUUAAUAAUUGUUAAAACUUUUUUUCGUACUUUUUUUGUUUGUUAAUUCUUUUUAUGCGUUCUAAGGUAUUAUUGUAAAUAUAUACAUAUAUUGUGAUGAUAAUAAAAUUUGCACCUUCUUUUGGGUUUAUAUGGUACAAAUUUCAUUAUGUAAUUUCAUCCAAAUAUAUUAAUUGUUUAUUAUAUUAUUCGUACAAAUCUUUAAAAAAAAGAAACAAUACCAAAAACGAAUGGAAGUGAACUAAGUAUGUAUUUACAAAAUAUAUGUCCGCAUUGCAUUUUGUAAUUUUCUACCUUUAUAAGCAUAUUGUUGUAAAAAUAAUAAAUUAUGAGCUAUAUAUGUUCCACUUAUUUUAUUUAUUUCAAAAACGAAGACGGUGAACUCAACUGAUCACAACCAAGAUGCAGUAUGUAUAAUAGAUAAAAAGCAAAGAACAUUUUAAUAUAAGUAUACUUAUAUAUCAUUAUUCAGAUUACUCUGUACUUUUUCAAUGUACCAAACUUCCUGUGUAUGUAUAUUAGUUGGCAAAAUGUGUGUGUAAAUAAAACAAUUAAAUUCUCUGUUUAAGCCGAGAAUAGCAGUUGUCAAACUAUUAAGUGUCAUCAUCGCAUUCUUUAUGUCUCACAUUCUUAAACGUCGUCAAUGUUUUCAAUUCCUCGUUUUUACAUUCAUUUCUUUCGAUUUACGCCUCCAAUGGAAUUAUGAUUAAGCCAAUUAUAAUAUUUUGUUUAAUAUUACUAAUAAGUGUUGAAAUCUACGGAAAGCGGGUUAUUGUGAAACGUAAGACAACGAAAAAAACUCGUACUCCCGUAGAAGCGUGGACAGGUAAGUGGUUUCCUGGGCCACCACAUCCUAAGGACGAUUGGAAGGGAAAAUGGUUUCCUUAUCCACCUUAUACAAAUGGUCAAACCUUAAAUGGGUACGAUAAAAAACGACUUACGGCCUCCGAAAUUUGUGAUGAUGGCAAGCAAUACAUUGGAAUCGAUUAUGAUCCAAGUGAUGCUAAACAAUCUUUUGAGCACCUAUGUUUAGCGAAUCGCACUUUAUACGCACCUAAUAUGAAGCGUGAAGCAUUGCGAAUUGAGUACUUUAUCCCACCAGCCUACGUAUCGCCAGUGAAGUGCCUUAAUGAAACAAUUACCUAUGAAACGAUGUUGCCUACUUAUGGUGCCUACCGCCCAAUUGUCCCGAAAUAUGGUUCAUAUAUAUUCAUGCCUCCCCAAAGAUAUGUUUCAUCCUUAUCUCAAGGAGCCAUUGUAAUGCUUUACCAUCCAUGCGCUUACAGUGGCCAAGUAAAGUUAUUGCAAAACACACUUCGAGCCUGUUUAUAUCGUCACAUCAUAACACCUUCGCAAGCUCUGAGUCCGGAACGACCGCUCGCUCUACUUGCAUGGGGAAAAAGCUUGGAAAUGUCUGUGGUAGAUGAUCAUUUGGUCGUAGAUUUCAUGAAGCAGAAUGCAAAGCAAGGACCUAAUUUUUCUACGAAGCGACAAAGUAAUACAAAAAUGUACGAAGCGGGCUUGCUGCAGGAAGCUCAUUUAAUUACUGAUGAAAAUGAUGUUGAGAUCUGUGGAUAUAAAGAGGGAAUGUAAAGCCCUAGCUUAACAAUGGUGCAAUAUAUUCCACUUGUGGAAGACCUUAAAUUAAAAAUCGAAUAUGUUUAUUAAAAAUUUACACGCCUUAUUGGGUUUCAAAAAUUUAUAAAAAUGUAUAGUUCAUAUGUACCUAUCAUACAAAACAAAUAUUGUUAUAACAUGUUAAUAAUUAAAGUUGUAAAAAUUAAUAAAAAAAAUUUCCAAAAAAAAUACAUAAAUUUCGCGAAUGGGCAACUCCAUACUGAUAACUAGGUAUGUGCGGAAUGAAAAGACAACAAAAAACAGGUGUUCAUACAGCUGAGCGUAUUUGUUGAAUUUUUGCCCCGAACGCGAAUAAAAAUUGUCAGAUCUAA